CCACGAUGAUGUUUCGGUGACGGUGCUGCAGCUCGAGUUUUUUGUUUUUUAAUAUCAAAACGAAAAAUCCCCCCUCCCCAUAUCAAAACGGAAAUCUGUGAUGCAGAUUUGUUGUCACAAAUCAGCUUUGUUAUGCUACACGGGAAAAGAUGCGGACUGUAGUGCUGGGUGGCGUGGGGGAGCGUUGCAUCUUCAGCAUGAUAGGAGGCAGCUGAGAGUGGGAAACAGCAUGACAAAUUGCCUGCAAACGAGACCACGACUGCGGCUCUUGGCCUUCUAGCAUGACAAGUCGAUUUGGUACCUCAAAUCCUGCAUCACAGAUUUCCAUUUCGAUAUGGGGAGGGGGGAUUUUUCCGUUUGAUAUUUAACAAAAGUCGUUAGCGGUCCGGUUUUCGAUUAAAGAACCUCCUCCUGCUACCAGCAAUAUAGACCACUUCACGACUACUUCCACAUAAGGACAGGCCGAAAAAACAAUUUUUCUCGGACGGAAUAACAACAGCCCGGUACUAUAGUACGUAGCGUUUUCCUGGACCCGCUGCUUUUGUCAUGCGUACUGGCGUGAGGAAGAGGAUGCUGAAAUUGGAGCCUCAUGCGCUUGUCUUCUACCGCAUGAGGAAGAGGAUACUUCAACACAUGGCGAAUAAAAAAAAAUGAAAAUGACAGGUGAAGUGCCGCUCACAACAGGGAGCGUCGAUUUCCUGGUUUGACGCAGCACCGGGAUCCACCGAGUUCGUCUAGAGAACAGAGCCUUCACUUUCACCCGAAAAAUAGUUCCAACGAAAAGGUAGUAGAACCCGAACAAGGAUUUUAGCAACUGGCACGAGGUGGAAGCACUGUUUUUUAGAACACGGAUAAAGGCAAAAAAAACGGACGCGACUUGAACGUGCUCGACCAUCUUUUAUAUCACAAAUUAUUACGUACAACUUGCUCUACAAACAGAACAACACGGUAUUGUCAAGAAGAACCUCAAACGGUACAAGUAGUCGUGAAGCGAAAUUCCGGGGCAUCGACGCUACAGCCGGAGCUAGUACAACUCGAAAAAAUACAACAUCAUCGAACAAUCGGCAAGAGCCAGAAAGUCUUCGGUAGAACUUUCUGAAAGUUCGCUCCUGCAGGAGCUGCAGGAACGGCGACAAGAACCGGAGAUCUAAUUUUUGGCUAAGUAGGAGAACUAUGGAUUGCAAAAAUGUCUGGGUCUGGAAGGUUGGAACUUGUCAUGCUAAAUCUGAAUCAAAAUCAUGCAAAAAUCUGUGUUGCAUGAUUUGCAAAUGCUGUCCACUUUUGAUCAAGUUGAGAGGCACUUUCUCAUGCCGGAUAGGCAUGAUAGUGAUCUCACGGAAUCUGUCAUGCUAGGUCCUCCAUUACAGAUGAUGUGGGUCAUGGAAAACCUGCAUGACAAGUCUAGCAAAGUUCCAGACCCAGACAUUUUUACACUUGAUAAGAACUGCAGGGAUUUCGAUUGGGGUGCGAAAGCUGCGCGAACAAUAGGACAGCUAUAAGAUGAAUCCUUGAUGGUACUAUCGAACCGUGUUGCUUCUGUCUACUGCAUGUGAGCUCGGCUUGUGAUGUCAUGUGCAUUUUUUUUUUUUUUUGUUAUGCAAGAAAACUUAAACGACGCCUCUACAAAGCUAAUAUCGAAUCCACAGGUUGUACUUCUGUCUCCUGUUCUUUUCCUUCAAACUCUGCGCUUCACGAGGCGGAUCGCGGUCGCUGCACAAAAAGAUUUUAUCGAACGGAUGCGCGAGUAGCUAGAAAUCGGAAAAGGGAAGAAUCAUUUGGGACACUACGACAACCUUCGUCAACCGCGCGUCAAUAUUGCCAGGAAUUUCUGCAUACGACUUCUUCUGCAAUAUACAACACACGAUAUUAUUCUUCUAGUUGUGCAUUUUUUGGUUGGACAACGAGCGAUGAUAUAGCAAUAGAAAACUACACAGAAGGACUCAUUUUUGUUGUGCAAGAGGUGAAACCUCACUUCUUUGUUUUUUACACUAUUAAAAAUCGAAAGUCAAGUCAAAAUCUCCUUGGAGUACCGAUAAGACUGCGAUUACAGACUGACCCAAUCCCCAUGACUUACCUUUUAC